AUCCAACAUUUCACAUUACUCUGCAGAUGAGUCACACUUUUCCCAGUAUAUAGUGACAGGAAGAAGCGGGUAUCAACACGCAGCUCUGUGCUGUGACAGUACAGAUGCUGCUCAGAGGCGUGGUGAAGGAGCAGAGGCGGAUCAGAGAGAUGUUUUGAAUUCUGUGCAGUCAGUUUACCUCAGCUAAUGACUGCGUGGGACGUCUAAACUGCUGCUCAUUUUCCCGCUGAAGCUAAGGUUCAAGGAUGAAUCUGUACAGGAGUUUUGGGAACCUCAUGGAGGCCUGGGUGACUGAAGGAGGACAGGGUUUGGACUCAGAAUGGCCCAGAAUGAAUGAAAACUCUCCCACACCUUCCUCAAACCUGCGCUCAGAAUCAGUGGACUCUGGAGUGGAGACAGCCAGCUCUGAGACGUCUUUUCCUGCUACAUCUCGCUCCAUUUCUACAGAUAACGCAGAAAUAGAUGCCACAUUAUCUCAGUCUCCUGUCCUCUCCUCUCCUGUGCUCUCAUCUUCCUCCUCUUCCUCCCUUAACCUCCACCCCAGCAGGGAUCAGGAAGAGUCCAACGCCUUACACCAAAAAUUGGAGCGAACAUUAAGGAGGACUGACUCUAAAUGUCUUAAGGAAGACUCUGAGAUCCCUAAAGUGGAAGAGGUGCUGAGGCGGCGACCCAAACGGCACACUUCUGAGCCAGUGAGAGGUCAAAGGUCAGUGUCAGAGAGUUUCUGCCUGAGAAGGACAGUCAACCCAUCAGCUCUCACGAGGCAUAUUACAGAAAUGUGCAGACGGCCGCCGUCCAUGACUUGUGACGAGCAGCAAUCUCAGACAAGAUUAGAGGUUCUUGGUGAAGAAAAAAAGAAAGAACUGAGUCCCGGUCUCCUCUACCUGGAGCAGGUGUGCCAAAUGUUGGAGGAAAUUGCCAGACAGCAGAUGCACAGCCAAGCAUUACAGAAGGAGAUGGAUGCCCUGCGGGAGCAUGAAGAGCUAGAGAUGGAGGUGUGCCAGGCUGUCGACUCCUGUCACAGUGACUCUAAAGCAGCUGAGGAGGACUUCCCGUAUAGUCAAAAUGUUGCAAAGACAAACAGUUUAGAUUGCAGAUCCCAGCAGAGGAAAGAUUAUCCUUACAGGCAUUUUCGGCAAAGAUCAGCCUCAGACACAACUAUCGCACUACUGCGUUUAAGAAUGUUGAAAACAGACUGCAGGGGGCAGCACCUGAGUACAGAUGGCCUGCAGAAGGAAGAGGAAGUCCAUAAAAAGCAGGAGUCUGAUGUUGCUCACAAGAACUGGAAGUUAAAAUUUGGAUCUUUGGGGAGAGAGGAGUCUGCUGCGAGAGAUAUCAAAGGCCAACACAUGCAGCCAUCUGAGAGAAACUCGCCCCGACGACGCCUGAGCCAGAUGUUCAGGAGGAGCAGGAAAACUCUGCCUGAAUAAACGGACAACCGUUUGUCUGUUUGAACAUUUAAGGUUCAGCUCAGAGGAGGAGAAAAUGUCGUCUGCUUUGAACUGACUGUUUACUUUGCCCAUGUGAUGUAUUAAUCUGCCAUGUGUAUUUAUUGUCUGCUGUAUACUUGCCUUUUUUUUAUUUAUACUGAUUUAAAAAAUAUAUAUAUUUUAGGGGAAUUACAUUAUUCCCGUCAAAGCAGCAAAUACUGAUGUGCACUCCACAGUUUAUAACAAUGAAUAUCAAGUAAAUAUAACAAGUCAUCUGAAGUUCUUA